AUUGUUAUUAAUUAUCUCAGAGAGAUUGCCAAAAGAGAAUCCUACUUUAGUUUUCGAUGAAGAUGGUGACAGAUGCUGAUGAUGAUCAACGCUCCGAAGAAGAAGCAGAAGAAGAAGAAGAACCCAUCAGAGCUGAGCCUCUUAGGGAAGUUAAGCCUUCGGUCAGAGGAAAAAAGCCGGUCAAACCAGAGAGAGGGGUUACACCGGAAUGGCUGGUUAAUCUGAUGAUAACAGAAAAGGGUGUGGACGCGAAGCUGGUGAUUGAUAAGAUGAUUCAGACGAGUGAUGUCAACCCAAACCAAGGACGUCUCUUGAUUCCCUUUAACCAGAUAGUGGAGAUGGACUUCUUGAACGAGGCAGAGUUGCACCUCAUAGAUGAACAUCAAAGAGAUAAUAGUAGUAACAAAGGUGUUGCUGUGAUCGUGGUUGCAUCCGAUGGUGGAAAAUGGAAUGCUAAACUAAGGAGAUGGAAUAUGACCUGUCCCAAUUACGCCUUGUGUUCUGGAUGGAACCACGUCGUCCGCGGUGCCAAGCUCAACGACAAGGUAAGGGAGAGUUUUAGACUAUGGUCAUUCCACUCCCAAGAUGGGACGAAGCUCUAUUUUGCCUUCUUUCAUAGAGAGUUAUCUCUAUGUGAAGUGGCACUCAGGCGACUUCCUAAAUUUCCAACGAGAAGUAGAACUCCUCGAUUUUGUGUUCCAUCUUCUCCACCAAGAGUUUCCGAGGUUUUCGACCUAAAUAUGCCAUUGGUUGAAGAGAUGGAUCCUCUCGAAGCUGAACAAGAGAGGCAUGAUAGGAGGACUCCACUUGAAUCAGUCAUAGAGACGAUGACGACGACGACGGUGGACCUCGAUCGGCUGGGGCCGUCCGUGGACCUAAAUAUACCAUUGGUUCCAGUGCGCACCGAGAUGGCUUCUCUUGAAGAUGUACAAGAGACGUCACAGGAAUCAGAUAGGGAGACGACGACGGUGGACCUCGAGCUCCGGCUGUGGUUUCAAUGAGAGAUUCCUGGGAAAGACGGCUAUGCUAUAUAUGUGACUUAACCUUUGUUUAUUCUGGACCCUAGCUCUCUAUUGCCGUGUCACCCAAGUAGUUUCUUUUUUUAGGCUUUCAAAUGAUUUUUUUUUUUUUUGAGUUUUUGGUUUUUUGGUGUUUUGAUUUUUUGGUUUUGUCCAUUACUAUAGAGUGGCCGUUAUAAGAGAUUCCUUGGAAAACAGCUCUGCUAUGUGACUUCAUCUUUGUUUAUUCUUUGACCCUAGCUCUCUUUUGCCGUGACACCCAAGUAGUUUCUUUCUUUAGGCUUUCAAAUGAUUUUUUUUGUCCAUUACUCGAGUGUUGUAGCUACCUUGAUAUAUGAAUGUGUGAUAAUAAUAUGUAAUUAUAAAACAAACUGACAUUUCAAACUGGUGUGAUUAUUGUAUUCUUUUAGUAAACGUUUUACGAGAAAAGAUCAGAAUAAAACCAACUAAUUACACAAGGAAAGAUAACCCAAGAAAAUUCAAUGUAGCCAAGACACAACACCUAAAGGGUAACAAACAAAAGAUGUCAGAAACAGAUAGAGAAGAAGCUUUGACUCAAUUAGUAGCAGAGAGUGAGGCUAUGAGCCACGAGAAGCCAAGCCUUGUUCUUCUGCUAAACCUCUCUGCAAAAGAUUCUUUUGGUGAGCUUUUCCCAGAUUUACCUUAAUUUAAAAUAUAAAAAAAUGGUCUCUAAACUCCAGCGGGUCACUCAUCUACUUUGGGUUCUCUUCGUUCUUGAAAACAGAUAUUUUACCAAUAGACAAACCGCAGGAAACAAUCAAGAACAUGUUUAAGGGGGAGUCAAGACCGCUCAUGCCGAGGAAGAGCAACAAUAUCAAAUGUGGAUGCGCAAAUGAUAAGAUUUUUAUUAUAUACCGUACUCUGCAUACAAAUCUUUCUCAUCAAACUGUUGUCAGAUUAAUUACUGAAAUAGAAAAUUCCAUAUAAUGGGAUUAUUGACGCAGAAUGUUGACGCUGCCGCUGCCGCCGGUACCUGCGGCAACCAAACGAACAGCCCUUAUGUUACAUUGUUUCCCCAACCGCUGUAGCUUCUUUCUUAAAUCUUCGACUUUCUCACUGGCUUUACCUCUGUUUAUUAUCAGAUCAUCGAGCCAACAGUUUACUGCUUAAAAGCUGACAAGAAGAGACUCUUUUCCAUUUGCUUCUUCCUUCUUCACAAAGAAGGACCCUUUUCUUCAGUGAGUUCUCCAAAUAUUUAAAGAACCAUUGACUUGAAACUCGGAGUAACUCCUCCGCUAAACUCAGCGACUCUUUUAACACCCGUGAAUAAAAAAUGCUAGCCAAUGAAUAAAAAAAUAUAUGUUUUACUACAGCAAAAGUUUACCUGAUAAGCCUAACUGUUAGGAAAAGUUUACAAGUCAAAGCGAGAGAUCACAUACAUACGUAAACAAAAUUAUCAUAGUUGAUGACUGAAAGGUCUUUUGCACCUCUAAUGCAAACUGGAAACAAACAAAAGAAACCGCAGGCAAGAAGUAAGGGAAGUGAUAAUCCAUAGAUGGAGACAUACUCUACAUCUUCAUAUAAGACCAGGUCACUACUCUUACAAAUACAUAUUGCAAUAGCCUCUAACCUAAAAAGAAUAUAAUCAGGAAGUUGCCAUCAAUAAUGAAAAAAGACGAAGAACCAGAACGAACACAGAACUUCGAAUAGAAUAUGAAGAUAGCUGAUAUGUGUUGGGGAUCUAACAAGCCGAGACCUGUUUUGAUUUUGAAAGUGCUAAUAAAGAUGGAAACUGAAGGAGUAACCUUGCUAUCGCCGGAAUAAUUCCAACGAACCAUCUCUUUGAUUCUUCCCAUGAAUCAGCUGCAAGAAUAAAGAAAGCUUUCAUUCCAUUUGUUCAAUGCGGCCAUCGCAAUAAAAAAUUUUGAUUUACAUGGAAACAAAAUCACAACGAGGGUAAACUGAUGAAGAAAGGGAUCGACUCAUUUCCGUAAAUGAAUACAAGACAUCCUUAGCCUCCUUCAGUAUAGUAGUAACAACACAAAUCAUAUGUUUCAAAAAUAAAGCAAACUAAUCUCACUUUCAUACAUGUAUUGGCCCUAGGGAUGUUAAUAAUGGGUUUUUACCCAUAGGGUACCCGAAGCCCGGUUGAUAUUUGAAACCCAAAACCCGGUUUUUUAGAUUUUAAAACUCGCGGGUUUUUGUUGGGCGGGUCUUGUUUUGUUUAUUACCCUAUCGGGUUUACACUGUCGGGCUUCGGGUACCCAAUGGGUUUAAAAAAAAAAAAUUAACAGAAACAACGUCGUUUUACAUCAUAUUUUACCCUAAUUUUUGUUUCUCCCGUGGCCACAGCCACAAAACAUUGAUCUAGAAAUUAGACAUGCUUUCUUGGGACGAUUCAUUCUAGAUUGGGUUCAUUGGUAAGAUUUCGAAAUGGGGUUUUCUGUUUUGAUUCUGAUAACUUUAGAAUCUGGUUGACUAACCAUUGAUUCUAUCCUAAUUGGUUUAGGCCCCAACGAAAGGAGUCAAAGCGGUUACCAGAAGAAGGUCCGUACGUGAUUAGUGAUUACCUUCCUCCUUCUCUCCAUUGUGUCUCAGUGAGACAGUCUCACGCUUCUUAUUCUUUAGUCCUCUCUACGGCUCGUAAUCAUAUCUCCGGUUAGUUCUUUAGAUUUUUCUUUGGUGACUUGUGGUGACUGAAAUUGUUGUCUUUGUGUGUGUGUUUAGGGUUUACACGUAGUAGAAGCUUUAAUUUCAUGGUUACCAAGUUUCUUACCUGUCAUGAAAAGUCUACAUGUGGCGAUUGAUAUUGUUGUCUUUGUGUGUGCUAUGGUUUACAUAAUUACAUGUAGUAGAAGCUUUAGUUUCAUGAUUACUAGGUUCCGUUCUUCUUCACUGUUUGUGUGUUUAAAAAAUGAAAUAUUAUUAUCACUGCACAUUUAAAAUCAUUUCUAGUUUAAAUAAAAUCAUUUCUCUCUCACCAGAUUAAAUAAUAGCUUAAAUUUUGUGAUUGUUUAAUGUUUUUUCAGGAUGGAUUCACAAACACUUGACACACUUGCUGUUGAUCUUCUGGAAAUUGCUGUUGGUCUUCUGGAAAAUAUCCGAGAGAGUGUUAAGUUUGUCAAAGCAUCUGGGUCAAGGAUAGAAGCAUUCGCAGCAUGUGUUCAGAGUGCAGGGAUUAGGAGUGGAGCUGGAUUGUCUCUAGAUGUACCAACUAGAUGGAAUUCAACUUAUGAUAUGCUUGCUAGAGUUCUGAAGUUUCGUGACGCAUUCACUAGUUUGAAAGAGUGUGACAAGAGCUACAAUUACAGCGCUAUGGCGAUUUAGCUUAUUGGAAUGAUCAAGGACAGCGCUAUGGCGAUUUAGCUUCAAUUACACUGUUUACUUAUCUAUCUUUUACCGACAUAGAGGUUUUAGGUUAUUGGAAUGAUCAAGGACAGCGCUAUGGCGAUUUAGCUUCACUUGCAUGUGAUUUGCUCAGCAUUCCAAUCACAACUGUGGCAUCGGAAUCAGCAUUUAGCGUUGGAGGACGGGUGAUUAGUCCUUACAGAAACCGUCUUCUUCCAAAAAAUGUUCAAGCACUGCUUUGCACUCGAAACUGGUUAAGAGGUUUUGCUGAAUUUGAAGGUAGAUUAUUAGUUUUGAUAUUUGGUUUCUGAUUUCAUAUAUGAACUUUUAUGUAACUACAAAUUUUAUAUGAAAUGUCUUGGGUGAUUAUGAGUCUGUUUCUUUGAGUUGAUAUUAUGUUUCUGAGUCUGUUUCUUUGAGUUGAUACUAUGUUUCUGAGUCUGUUUCUUUAAGAUGAUACUAUGUUUCUGAAUCUGUUUCUUUAAGUUGAUAAUAUAUCUUAAUACUCUGUUUUAAUGAUAUGUCUGGUUCAAUUUUAUACUCUCGUGAAAAGAGAAUGUUUUUUAAAGUGAUUUUGCACUUUUAUACUUGUGUAGAUACAAUCCCAAACAGACACAAUGAGAGACAAGAAACUCUAACUAUUGUUUGAAUUGGUUACAACUUUAAACUGAUUUCAGUUGAAUGCAUCAUCUAUACUAUAUUAAAAAGGAUAUAUAAUCAACAGGGAGAGUGUCCACGUCGGACAAGAAAAUUGACCAAUCACGUUAUAACGUUUUGACAUGUCAUCUGGGCUUUGCGUCAUAUGGAGACCCGAGAAAAUACCCACCCGAGCUUGCCCUUUCUCAGAUCUUGGCUGAAAUCCAGUUUCUCUUCGAUCGGCAGAGGGACGAUCCAGUUUCUGUAAUGUUGCGUUGUGAUUUAUUCAUCUUAAAUCGUUCGCAAUCCCACUACGAAACUUUCGUUUGCGUUGUUCGUCGUCAAGAUCGUGUAUAAAUAUGCUCCACUGCCGUCCCUCCGAUCGCUGACACACGUCGUCCCUCCAAUCUUUCAGCCCAAUCGCUUCUGUAAUUAGAUACGUUAAUGGCAGCGGCAGCUGCGUCACGGUUUCUGAUGUUUGGUGCGGUAAAGGAUUAGGGUUCUCGACGGAUGCGGUGUCGAUGGAUCCUCCGAGGAGGUAAAGAUGGAUCUUCCGCCGUCGCGUCGCAAAAUCGACGUGGACAAGAACAGUUCAAACCAAACAGAGGUACUUACUUAUAUUACUCUAAACAGUGGCUUGAAUCGAUCGAUUUGGUGAUGCUGAUUAUCACCAGGAGACAAGCUUCUUCUCAGAGUUAGGGGAGCUCCGCUUGCUCUGAUUCAUGUCUCCUCUGAUCCUUUGCCUCACCUUAGUAUCAAAAACACACCAAUCUUUAGUCUCUCUCUCACUUUCUACAAAGAUCUCACCUUUUUCGAUUUUGGUUGGUGGAAAGUGACAUCGUGUUAAUGUUCUUGCAGGAGACAUCAUCUGCGCAAUCAACGGUACACUGCUGCUUCCAAUGGACAGAAGCUUCAAAACUAUAUAAUAAGCGUUUAUGGGGAAGCUCAAGAUGAUCACUAAACACAUGGAAGCUGAUAUUGAAGAGAGUCUGAUGUUCUAUCAGGCUUGCUAUUGAGUGGAUUUUUUCCAUGAUUUUUUUCCAAAGCCGGAAUUCUCCUAUUCCAUAUUAUAUCUGACUUCAUAAGAAAAGUGGACUUGAUGCCACUGGAUAUGCCAGUGAGAUGCAAUGGAUUGUAGGGUAUUUGGUAGUCAGUAAUGUGAAUAUGGAAGAAGGUGCCCGCUGAGUUGUUAAUAUCUCAAUCCUGCAAUUUUGCAAACCAAGUUUAACACCAAGGUGAAAAUUACCAGGGCCAGCCGACCAGAUCUUGGGAAGAAGAAAUCAGAAGUAAUACUCGCCCAAGUAUAGCAUCCGAGCUUCUUUACUGGAGCUUCCAGAAGAAAAGGGCAGGACGUACGAGGCCAUGGGUGUAGGCACUUAACAUGUGUUCGUCCUCGCAAAUGAUGCCAAUUUAUUGGCAAGGGUGCUGAAUUAAAGUUUCCGACAAAUUUGCUAAUGAGUGAUAUCGUUGCUUUUUUUAACAAUGAGAAACCCUUCAGUCAAUGAUAUUAUUUGAGCUCUUGGUUAAAGGUGAAACUGCCCAAGGAAUGAUAAAAGCAAAAGACUUGGUUUAGGCAAAGUAUAUGCUAUUCAGAGAAAAGUUUACUCGGAGCCAUUUUGAAGAGAAAGUAUAUGAAAAAAGCUCUUUAAGAUAAUGGUUUCUCUUGCUGAUUCCAGACAGUAAAGAAAUAAAAGGCCCCACUACCAUCCUCUAAACCCCGCCAAAUCCGGAGGUGGAACACAGAAGAAGGUGAACAGCAUGGUUCUCUUCGAUCAGGAAACUAACAACAAGCUUCGGUCUGAAGCUCCUAUGUUCAAGUUGAUCAAUCAAUCCCUUCUAUUCUGCUGGCGUUUUCAUUUACUGGUUCUUUCCGAUGAGUGGAGUAGGAAGCUAAAGUGACAGGAGUCGUUCGACGACAAAACAGAGAGGUAUCUAAGGAGGAAGAGGAAGCGAGAGAAAAAAGUGAAAGGGGUCUUAGACCUCCUAAGCAAGAAUCUUCAAGCUUUGUGAAUGUUUUGGAACUGAUUUAGUUCACGGAGUCACAACUGCUGUCUGAAAUUGAGAAGCGUCUUGCACCACAAAACAUUACCCUAGACGUCAUUCACAGAUGUGACACCACCCUGCACAUUUAAGUAUCUAAGCUUUAUCUCCAUUUCUCCUGUUGGUAGUUUAUCAGUGAAUCCUUAACUCGAGACAGUACAAACCAGUUGGUAGUUUGUUCAGGACUUUCUUCAAAUAGUUCAAACCAGUUGGAAAAGUGCCCAUCAGCGACGGCCGUAAGCUCCAUCUCCUGAGUUUUCAUAGUACAUUCCAUGACGUUCAAGCAUAUGUGAUGUGUCGAUUCUAGAAGACGCCGGUUGUAAUGAUGUGAUCGCAGAAUACUGUAUCGAUCAGGUAAGAAACUUUCCAUCAGUUUAAAUUAGGAGUCAGCUAUUGCCAUGCUGUAGUAAGAAAAAGAAAUGACUCGCUAAGUGCUUAACUUUCAGACUCACUAAAGCUUUGUUUAUCAUUCAUGUAUUAACAUCAUUUUUCUUUACUAUCACUUUGUUGAUAAUGAGGGUUAUGCAAUCAAUCAUAUGUGGGUUUGGUGAAGUCUUUGUUUAGGAUAACAGUAAUACCACCUUGAUUUAAAACUCAUCUCUGUUUCUAAGAGAUUGUAUAGGAUCCUCAUUCUCUGUUGUAAGAAUGAGAUCUUAAUAAUUAAUCAACUCUGGAAACAACAAAAUAAAAACAUCAAUUUGUUGACAGGGUUUUUGAUUUUCAGAUCAAACGAGAAAACAAAAAGAAGAUGAAAAAGUUAGUUGUUUGUAUGACACCAAAAAAAUACCACUGAAAUUCAUAUAGAAAAACAACCAAAAACUAAAAACAGAUCUUAAAAUUUGGUUAUUUAUAUAACCCACCAAUAAAAAAAUCACAAAUAAUUUCCUAACAUAUUGGAAUGAAUCUUUUUUUUUCUAAAAGGGCAUUAUUGGAAUGAGUCUUUAAUUUUUUGUUUCUUUAAUAUUUUGUUUUAUACGUUUGCAAGCUAUAAUAACCACAAGUAUUUCUCCUCACUCGAGUUACAAAUCUGAGAAUUAGAAAAUCGAAAGUAGUAGCAUAUUAAGCAAGGGAUUGCUAAAGUUAGAAAAAAAUCUUUUACUUUUUUAAAAAUAAUCUAUCAUUAGUACAACACGAAAAAAGAGAGACGCAAUAUAAAACAAUUUGAAAAAACAUAUAAAUUAUAUUAAAAAUUUGACCCGUGAAAAUAA